UGUCAGGUCCUGUCCUAUAAAAAACGAUGCAGUAACAUAAGCCGCAGAAGAGCGACGCAAAUAAUGCAAAUAAUAUAGUCAGCUAGUGCCAUUUCAAAUGCAGUCUGUUGACGGUAAUUGUUAUGUUGGUGGUGAAAGUGAAGUUGCUAUAUAAAUUGCUUAUUUAAAUAUUGGGAUAAUAUUAAAUGCUCAAUCCGUCUGAUAAGCAUGGACACUGUCAACGUUAAUAUACACAAAUAUGCUGCGGGUGGCCAGGAGGAUAACUAUUGUCGGCUUUGUUUUAUCAAGGCAUUCAAAUUACGCUGCGUGUUUCCUUAUGGUGAUAAUCCAGAUAAUGCCCUGUUUCGUCAAAUUUCUGAACUUGCGCUGGUUAAGCUGAAUAAUACUGAGGAACCUGACUGUUGUGUUUGCUCCCGAUGCGUAGCGACGCUGGAAGAAUUCAGUAAAUUCCGACGACAAUGUAAAAUGAACAAUACUUUGCUUAUUGAAGCAAAAAAUCAACUUUUACCAUCAACGGACAGCUUUGUAAACGUUCCUUCAAUUGAACCGUUAUCGCACGAGAUUACCCACACUGAUAUUGAUCCCUUUGAGGACAAAACCAUUUCCGACGAGGAAUCAAAAUUGGCUUGGGAUUCUGAGUGCAUUGAUACAGCUGAGGCUCCAGUAAUGAAAAGAAAAAGAAAAUUGCCCAAACGAUUUCGAAAAUCGACUUCGAGUAGCAGCGAUGCGUCAAGCACAGAAGAACCAACGUAUGAAUCUGACGACAGCUUUAAACCCGCUCGGAAAACAAGAAGCAAAUCAACUGGGCUGCUGGAAGAGUUGGUACUAGUCAAAAAGAAACGAAGUCGCAAACCGAAAGCAGAACCCCAUGAGCUUUCGCUUGCUAAACCCAGUAGUACCAAAAUAUCUGCAAAGAUGUGUAAUUCUUCUGAUUUUAAACUUUACAAUGCGGGCCACGGCACCAUCAAUGUCGUAUUUCGCGGUCACCGUUACGUUAAAUUUCGAUACUAUAAAACAGCUUCGGAAGUUCGGUUCGGGUGGCGUUGUGUCCAGCCCAAAUGUGAGGCUCAAAUAUACACACGAAGCUCUGCCGAGAACAAGAUCUUCUGGCGUGAAAAUUCCAACCAGCAUAAUCAUCUAAGAGACAGCUUGGACGAUUAUGUCACGGCAAAACUAGCGGAUUUGAAGGCAGUGGAACAGGACACGGACGCGGAUCAAGAAGUAAUUUCGAGUGGCCGUGGGCGAUACAAUUACAGCAUGGUUAAGCUGUCCUCGGGUGAAGUUGUGCUAGUCUACGGAGAUCAUCAACAUAGGCUUCUCGCAACAAGGUCCGACGAUACAAAAAUUUAUGGAUGUACCAUAAGUUCCUGUCGUGCGAUAGUCUAUUUCUUUAAAAAUGGCGAUAUGAAGGUAUACAGCGGAAGUAGCUGUAGUAACUUCGAAGGUGUUUCUGAGCGCCACUACCGACGAUCGCAAAAAAUUCUUGCGUUUGAGGGGCACUAUUACACGUUCAGUGGCAGGAGACUGGAGAAUAAAAGAUUAGUUUGGAACUGUUAUUUACGAAAAUCACACAAUUGCCAAACCGUAAUCCACUCGACGGAAGACGAUGUUAUUGAACUAUCGAAACAUCAUGUUAAAUUACCUCAUACUCAUGGACCGGACGAUUAUAACCUGGAGAAAGGUUUACAUAUCGUGGCGGGUCAGAAAGGAGCACAACCGAUUGAAUCAAUGGAUUAUCAUGUGGCUAAAAAUCAAGUAGGAACUGAUUUCAUUAUAUUCGAAGGGCUUCGUUACACUAUAAUGAACACUAAAGUAGAUGGAACCAGAGCCUGUCGUUGCUUAGAGGAUGAUACUUGUGCCGCGUAUAUUUACCUAUUGCCAAGUGGAGUCGUGACAAAAUUUGUCGGUAAACAUGAACAUAGCCAUCCGUUACCUGAACAUGAAAAAAGCAUCGACGAGUUCGAUUUUGUGAUCGAAACUAAACACGUAGUAAGAAGGGGACCGCUUUAUAAAUUUCAUAAAGGAUAUCUAUAUAGAAGGCAGUGUGUAAGAGAAAACGCCUCUUUCUACUACAAGUGCGUUGAGCGUAAAAAAGGAUGCAAUGCGGCCAUCACGUGCAACGAAGAUUCUGGUGUAAUCCGAGAAAAUCAAGAACCUCACACACAUGAAAUGAGGCAAAAUGAAGAGGAUUGUCGGCUCACGUUACUGCAGUUGGAGGGUACCAUGGAUUAUGACCUAACCGUUAAUUGCGAUGGUCAUGAAGUGUUGACAUACAAGGGUAAUCGGUAUUGCCAUUUUUAUCUUCAUAAGGACGGUUGGCGCGUGUGGAGAUGUUUCAGUGCUGCCCGCUGUAGAUCUACGCUGUUUCAAAGUUUGUCCGAUCAGAGAAUAAUAGAUGCGGAAAAAUUGCGUCAUAGUCAUGAGUCCGGCAGAAAAGUUAUCACAGAUGACGGCGAAAAUGAUAAUGAAAAAGCUAACCAGAUCCAGGAAGAAAAACGUAGUUUCAGCGAUUCCGACAGUAGAGAAAGUGCUGAUUGGUUUUGAAUUAUUCACUUGAACCGUCAGAGGAUUGAUGAUGUAAAGUUUAAAAUAAAAAAAUUAAAAGAUAAUAAACUUCGCAAAAAUA